AUGGUGCUAGUUGAGUUAGUUUUUCAUCAUGGUGGAGAAUGGAGUAGUAAGCCACACCUGUUGUAUAAAGAGAAGAAUGUGCACAUCAAUAAAGGUUUUGACUCUGACUUGCUCUCUUAUGCUGACUUAGUUGCUGAAUUUGAUACAAAGUUUGGGUAUAUAGGGGUGCAGCAAUUAAUAGUAAAGGGUCCCGGCGGUAGAUAUUAUGAAAUAGAUGGGGAUAUUGGGAUUAGGACACUAUUGGACCUUGUUGAUGAACAGUGUAAUGUUAUUAAUUUGUUUGCUAUAGAAGAGUGUGAACCUGCACUUGAUGUACCUAAUAUAGUCACUCAUAGUGAGUCACACACAGUAGAAGUUGAAGCUGCUACUGAUUGUAGUGAUAAUGAUAGUGAGGAAAAUGAUUCUGCUAUUGAUUCUGAUUCUCCUAAUUCUAAUGAUUCGGAGCAACUUUUUUUACAAAAGAAGAGGGUCAUCAAUGAUAAGUUAACUGAUUAUAAAGAGUUAGAUAGGUCAAUGACAUUUAAAGAUAUACCUGAAGCUAGGAAAAUGAUCAACAUGUAUUCUCUUGCAAAUGGGUAUAACUCUAAGCAACUUAAAAGUGACCCUACAAGGCUUAGGAUUCUUCAGGGGGGUGGGGUUAAAUUCAAGACUUUAGAGCCUGAGCACACAUGUGAACCUGCAUUUGAAAAUCAUGGAGUACAUGCAAACACAAUAGCUGAUUACUUUAAACAAGGCUUGCAAGAUAACCCCAAAAUUAAGAUUAGAGAGAUGAAGGCAAGCUUGAAAGCUGCAUUUAAUGUAAAUGUUAGUGAAUCUAAGUGCAAAAGGGCAAAGAGAAUGAUUUUGGAGAAACUUGAAGGUAGUUUUACAGAUGAAUAUAAUAAGCUUCUUGCCUAUGCCAAUGAAUUGAAACUUAGCAAUCCUGGGAGUGAUGUGAUAAUUAACUUAUCAAAAGAUGCUCUUGAAGAAGGGAAAAGGAGGUUUUUAAGGAUGUAUAUUUGUUUUCAAGCAAUAAAGUCUGGGUUUAAGAGUGGUUUGAGGCCUUUCAUUGGACUGGAUGGAACAUUUUUGAAAGGGAAGGCUAAAGGUCAGCUGUUGGUGAAGAUUCUGCCAAUCAUUUCUACCCAUUGGCUUGGGCUAUUGUUGACAAAGAAACAAAACUAA